AUGAGGAGCUGUGGAAGGGAAGAGGGGGAGGAAAGGCAGGUGGAACAUACAGCAAUCGGGCCAGCUGCCAUCGAUAGGAGGUGAAGAAUCAAGAUGGACGCGCAGGGAGGCGGCACGAUUCGACGUGGCAAUGGAAAAUGGGAAGAGAAGGGGAAAGAAGUCAAACGGAGACGGGGGAUUGGGGAGAGAAAAUGGCGCAAUUUGAGAUUGGGCGCUUGGAAAGAGAGAGAGAGAGAUGGAGAUGGAGAGAGAAAAGAGAAAGGGAAGCAAAAGAAGGCCAAGGAACAGUCUCGAUACCAGAUGAGACAAUCAAUGAGAUGAAAGGCGACAGGGACAACCUUAGGGUAAUUCGUAACUAAAGUAGAAGAAUAGAAGAGAAAGAGAAUAAUCAGAAAUACAAUGGGACCCGAAGAAGAGCUUAAAGAAUACGUCGAGGGGGGGAGGAGGAGAGCAAAGGAAAAGAAUGGGGUGGGUUGAGAGAACCGAUAGUAGCGAGCGAGCGGAGGACUGUCAAUAAAAAAAAGUACGAAAUUGCAGCAACACCAAUGCGAUGGCGAUUGAGAUGCACGGAAGAGGAGAAAUGGAGGGGGGAUAAGAAAGAACGUCCAAGCACACUCCGGGGCAACCAGGGACGUAAGAAAAGGUUACAGUCUAGGCCGUGUCAAUGGGCGAGACAACGCAACACCCUCACCAUCAGAACACCGGAAAGGGGAAAACACGAGAGGAGAGUGAAGAGAGAAUCGACGAAAGCGGACGAGGCGCACAAGAUAGAAUGACUGCUUAUCUUUCCUUUCUUUCUUUCCUUUCUUUCCUGUCGUGUUUACAACGUCAACGUCUCAGUGACCCAAAGAAAGCGAUUGUUUAAGCGGGCCCCAGUGAGGUGAAAAGAUUGGAUCGAACCAGUUCCUGAACGGCAGGCAAUCCGGAGAAAAUUGAGCUCAGGAACUAAAAACUGCUGCAGCGCGUCUUUUGGGUUUAUGAUGUCAGCGCCCGGAGCUUCUUCGGAUCCCGCUGAAAUAAGGAAUCAAAUUCGGGGAUCCCGAGUCUGUACUCUCUGUGUGUGUGUGUGUGUGUGUGUGUGUGUGUGAUUGAUGACAAAAUAAGAAGUAGAGACUGAAUGAGUACGAAC